UAAAAUGAAAUUUCACGAAGCAAAUGUCUGGUUAAACCGUCAUUAUAUGGGAUAGACCGAAGAGAGACAGACAGAUCCUCUGAUAACUCCGUUAAAGUACAUAGUUUCUCUGUAAUGGCCUCAUUCUCUGCAAACGUCACCACUUCACCUUCUCCACUCAUUCUUCAACGACGUCGUUUCUUCAACUUCUCAUCCUCUACUCAUCAACUACAAGGUCCGCCUCUGCAAAAUAAGAAAAUUAGGGUUUUCUCGUUACUGAAUUUCAGACCAUUAUCUUUCAAUUUGAGGAAGAGGAGAACUUUGAUGUGUGCAGCCAAUCAAGGUGCAAUGGAAGAAGUGAAAGAAACCGGAGAAACUAAUGGCCUCAUAGGUGUACUGGGUAAAGUUGAUUCUGAUCAAGUACAUGAUUACAAAAGAACCGAAGCUUGGUCGCAAUUUGCCGGAAGAAUAUCAGGUGAGUGGGAUGGAUUUGGAGCAGACUUUAGUAAUCAAGGGAGCACAAUUGAACUUCCAGAGUAUGUGGUGCCUGAAGCAUACCGAGAGUGGGAGGUCAAAGUAUUUGAUUGGCAGACUCAAUGUCCCACUCUUGCUAACCCAGAGGAUCAUGUUCUCGAGUACAGGUCCGUUCAGUUACUUCCCACGGUUGGAUGUGAGGCCGAUGCUGCUACGGUAUACAGUUCAGAUGAGAGAAAAGUGGGUGGCGAAAACAAUGGAGUCACCACUUUUGCUUACCAAUCGGGUGGCUCUUAUGUUGCUGUCUGGCAAAAGAAGGAUGAUUUAAUAGAGUUGGAAUACUGCUUGAUCAAUCCUCAAGAUUUUGAAUCUCGGGUUAGGAUUAUUCAGCGUAUCCGUGUAUCGAAUAAUACAGAGAUGAAGCUACAGGGUGUAAGAGUAUUUCGUGAGCAGUGGUAUGGACCAUUCAGAAACGGCGAUCAACUAGGAGGUUGUGCCAUUCGCGAUUCUGCUUUUGCUUCUACAGCACCUACGAUUGCUUCAGAUAUUGCUGGUAUUUGGCAGGGUUCUAAAGCUGUCACCACGUUUGACACUACAAAUACUGAGAUUUUUCGAGAGAUUUUAGAUGACGGACUGCAGAAGUCUGUCAGAGAUGGAGAAAACAAUGUAUUACUUCCAAAGCAGCUGUGGUGUUCUCUUAAACAAAACAAGGAUGGCGAAACUAUAACUGAAGCGGGAUGGCUUUUAGAUCAAGGGCAGGCAAUCACAUCAAGUUGCUUAUUCUCAAGCACCGCAAAGCUGAAGGAAAUAUCAAUAGCAUUAGAAACUAGAGCCUUGGAAUAAGUAGAAUAGCCUUGGUGGCAAUUCAUUCUGUUCCAAAUUUGUUUUUAUAUAUAUAAAUGCAUCACAACCCAAGUGAAAUUCAUGUAUAAAUAUGAUAAAUUUGUUGCAAAAACUGGCCUUAUUUAAAUGACUCAUUUUACUUUGUGUAUAUAAGCUCUAUUCAGUUUUCAAUUCUUCUUGUUCACGGUAGCUUGUUUCAGUUAAA